UGACUAAAUUGAUUUCAAAAUUAAGAGAAUUUGGAAAGCAAAGGCACCAAAACAAAGAGUAGUAAAUCUUUGACCAAAUGUUCUAUUCAGAAGAAUCAGAAGAUUCCUUUCCAUCCUGUUAUUCUUGUAUUUGAAUGAAACUCUCCGGUGGUAUCCCAAAAAUUAGAUAACCAGGUUGUAUUAUUGGAAGAGAAAUUGUUUUUUUGAAAAUCGUUGAACAUGAGUAAAAGAAAGGCCCCUUCUAGUGAAAACAAUCAUAACAAUGAUAUCUGCGAGGUUUUAACUGAACUAGCUGACUACGAAAAAAAUGUUUCCAGAAAUAUAUAUAAAUAUAAUGCCUACAGAAAAGCAGCAGGAGUAUUGGCAGAACAUCCACUUCGAAUUCGCUCAGGUGAUGAAGCAAAAAAUUUAAGCGGAAUUGGUAAAAAAAUCGCCAAGAAAAUUGAUGAAAUUUUAUCUACAGGAAAAUUGAGGAAAUUGGAGAAUAUCCACAGUGAUUCUAAAAAUGCAGCUAUCAAUUUACUGACAAGGGUAACUGGUAUAGGUCCAGCAAAGGCACAUAGUUUGGUAAAUGAUGGUAUUACAACUCUGGAAGAUUUGAAGAAAAACACAGAUAAACUGACCCAUCACCAGCUGAUUGGACUGAAGUAUUUUGAAGAUUUCGAGAAGAGAAUUCCACGAGAAGAAAUAAAAAAAAUUGAAAAAAUUAUUUUAGACGAAUUGAAAAACCUUGAUGCUGAUUAUCAAGUCACCAUCUGUGGAAGUUACAGGAGGGGAAAGGUGGAAAGUGGCGAUAUUGAUGCUUUGAUUACUCAUCCCAAUCUAACUAGUGAUAAAAUAGACAAAAAAAUAAAAAAUAAAAUGCUCACAAGCAUUGUUCAAGUAUUGGAAAAAUGCGGGUUGAUUACUGAUACACUUUCACUUGGGGAGACUAAAUUUAUGGGGGCUUGUAGGUUUGAUUCUGAACAUCCCACAAGAAGAAUUGAUAUAAGACUGACUCCUCAUGAUCAAUAUUACUGCAGUAUUCUUUAUUUCACCGGCUCAGAUAUGUUCAAUAAAACUAUGAGAGCACAUGCUUUAGAAAAUGGAUUUACUUUGAAUGAGUAUUCACUCAGACCAGUAGGAGUAACAGGAAUUCCUGGAGAACCGGUUGAAAUCAAAUCUGAAGAAGAUGUAUUUAUGUGCAUUGAUUUUCCCUACAAAAAACCUGAAGAUAGAAAUUGCUGAUCAAUAUGUUCAUAAUUCAAUGAAGAAUUUGUUUUAAUUUAUUAACAACACAUGAAAAAAUUAUAUUCAGUUUCUUGUCAUUGGA